ACUAGUGUUUCCGGCUCAAUGCGGUUACGACCGUCGAAUCCCCGCCACAGCUUCAUGGGAACAACGCUCGCUUUUCCCUCCCUUUAGCGGCUCAGCCUGUAUCGACAGCUAGGAUCGACGAUCGGAACUUCUGUGUGAACAUUGUACAACGUUAUAAAACUAGUGUCGUAUACGCUGUGCUGACGCUAUGACGGAUACUGUGAACCCUCCCCUCUCAUAUGAGGCAUCAGCCUCGACAACUCAUCCGCAUGUGGCAACCACGCUGCCCCAAGAGGUCAUUGCAUGCUUGAAGAAUUCACGAUUUCUUCAUCUGGCAACAUGUGACGGCCUGACCCCUCAUGUCUCUCUCAUGUCCUAUACCUACCUGCCCUCGACACCUUACGACCAGUACCCCACGAUUAUCAUGACCACAAAUCCUUCCUCUCGCAAGACCAACCAUCUUUUGACCAAUCCGCGAGUUUCCCUGCUUGUCCACGAUUGGGUGUCACACCGUCCGCCCACCCGUGCACCCAACCCCGGAGGUCAGCGCGACGGAUCCCCGCCUCCGGCUGCGACCCGUUCGUCCUUGGCCAGCCUUCUGUUAAAUCUAAACACAAGUGCAUUAUCAAGUAUCUCUACCACCAUCGCCGGUUCGGCUCGUGUCCUGGAACCUGGUUCUGAGGAGGAAGCUUGGUGCAAAGAGCAGCAUCUGGAGAACAACACUUUCGAAGAAGAAAUGGGACUCUUUGGCCAGCAGCAGCAGCAGCAACCCGGCCAACGGAGGCCCAGUAUCUCCAUCGAUGAUGACGUCCGGGUGGUCACCGUCCGGGUACGUGAGGGUCGAAUUGCAGACUGGAAAGGAGGCGUACGGGACUGGCAGGUUGUCCUGGAAGGUGAAGGUCAACCCGCGCCGCUGGUCAAUGGGACCUUGGAGUCGCAAUAGCUGUAGUUUUUCAUGUCGCGAUGAGUCCACUUUCCCUCGGCAAUACAAACAUGAAAUCUUAUCGAGUGGCUAACAAUUUGAUGCAUUAUAAUUGACAUGUAUUGAAGCCUUUCUUUUCCCGCAUGUGUACAAUAUGACAAUAUCACUGCGAUACCUCAGGCGAUAGCUCUGGCAUUCUGCCAGUCGGGGAUCUAUAUAGCCAGAGUUACGAUCAUGACUGGGCCAUUUAAACGCUACAGACUUCGUAAGGCACAGUACAGGGAUCAAAAGAGACACCAAAA